CACACACACUCGCACACGAGCAUCCCGAAGGGUAUUUAAGCUCGCACACGCGAGGCUGCGGAGAUACUUAGGGCAGCCGCGACUUGCGUUUGCUCCUUGGGUUAUUUCGUUUUCUUCUCUACUCUCCUCCUUGGCCGCUCCUCUAGAGCUGCGCUCUCCGGUGUCGCUCAGCCUUUUUUGCCUUGAACUGAAUCCAGGUGGGAAACUGGUCGUCGGGCGGAAAGACACCGAAUAGGUAGAAAUAAGGCAAAGUAUCAGACGCAACAGGUCCAGAGCUCGGUGGGGCGGGAGAGCGGCGGCCCCUCGCCGCGCCCGCUGCCCCCCGGGACCCUACACUGCAGCUCUCGGGGACCUGGGGAGAGGUGUCUGCUUUUUGAGGGUUAGGAGAGCCAUCCGGGUGGGUUUCAUUUCGGUUUUUUUUUUACCCCAUCGCCACCCGGUCCCUGGACUGAGGGUGCUUUUCACUCAACUGGUAGGAGAGAAGGAAGCGGAGGAUGGUCCACGCCUGCUGGUCUCAAAACUGAGCAAAGCGCAGGUCCAUCUCCGCGCCCGGGCUCCGACUCCACCAACUAGUUGUGCAGCCACAGAGACUGAACUUUAAAGGAAUCGUCCUUUUCCUCUCCUUUUAAGAUUAUUGGAGGAGAUAGUGGGUGGAAGGCGAAGCCGAGGCAGCCGCCACAAUGCUGGUGAAGAAGCAUGCAGGGAAAGGAGGGGGUCGAGAGUCUGGAUCCGAAGACCCGAGCCCCUGCGGGCAGCGGUGUGCCCGUACCAUGCCCCAGUGCACGGCCCUGGCGACACUCCUAUCAGUGGUGGCCGUGGUUUCUUGUCUGUACCUUGGGGUGAAAACCAACGACCUCCAGGCUAGGAUCGCCGCUCUCGAAUCUGUUAAAGGGGAUCCUUCUGUUCGUCUGCUGCCUGAUACCUUGGAUCAGCUGAAGGCCAUGGUGCAAGAGAAAGUGGAGCGCCUUCUGGCUCAGAAAUCCUAUGAACAUAUGGCUAAAAUAAGAAUUGCAAGAGAAGCACCUUCAGAGUGCAACUGCCCAGCAGGUCCUCCAGGAAAACGAGGGAAGAGGGGUCGAAGAGGAGAAUCUGGUCCUCCUGGUCAGCCUGGUCCUCAGGGCCCCCCUGGUCCAAAAGGUGAUAAGGGAGAACAGGGUGAUCAGGGACCUCGGGGCCCGCCAGGCUUCCCCACAGUUGCUGCCCUGCACAGUAAUCAGAUCCUCACCGUCAAGGGUGACCAAGGUCAGGCAGGGCCUCCAGGACCCCCAGGCCCUCCAGGCCCACGAGGGCCACCUGGGGACACAGGGAAAGAUGGCCCCCGUGGAAUGCCAGGAGUACCUGGUGAACCAGGAAAACCAGGAGAACAAGGCUUGAUGGGUCCUCUGGGGCCUCCAGGACAAAAGGGUUCCAUUGGAGCACCUGGAAUCCCAGGAAUGAAUGGACAAAAGGGUGAGCCUGGGUUGCCUGGAGCAGUAGGACAGAAUGGAAUCCCGGGGCCAAAGGGAGAACCUGGAGAACAAGGAGAAAAGGGAGAUACCGGAGAAAGUGGCCCCAAAGGUGACACAGGCGAAAAGGGUGACCCUGGAUCGUCUGCUGCAGGAAUUAAGGGAGAACCUGGAGAAUCUGGUCGUCCAGGGCAAAAGGGUGAACCAGGGCUUCCUGGGCUUCCUGGACUUCCCGGGAUAAAGGGAGAACCAGGUUUCAUUGGUCCUCAGGGGGAACCAGGCUUACCAGGAUUACCAGGAACAAAAGGUGAACGUGGGGAGGCAGGGCCUCCUGGAAGAGGUGAGCGAGGGGAUCCUGGAGUCCCUGGACCAAAGGGUGACCGUGGUGACAAAGGAGACUCUGGAGCUCUGGGACCAAGGGGUCCACCUGGGCAAAAAGGAGAUCAAGGAGCCACCGAAAUCAUAGACUACAAUGGCAACCUCCAUGAAGCCUUACAGGGUCCCCCUGGACCUCCUGGACCUCAAGGACUACAAGGGCCAAAGGGAGAACAAGGAUCUCCAGGAAUCCCAGGAGCUGAUGGAGAGCAGGGACUCAAAGGCUCAAAGGGAGACAUGGGGGACCCAGGUAUGCCAGGUGAAAAAGGAGGAAUUGGACUUCCUGGAUUACCGGGUGCCAAUGGAGUGAAGGGAGAAAAGGGAGACUCCGGAUUGCCAGGUCCCCAGGGUCCUUCUAUCAUAGGCCCACCAGGCCCUCCAGGUCCUCAUGGCCCACCUGGCCCCAUGGGACCCCAUGGACUUCCUGGACCAAAGGGUGAACCAGGGUUAAAUGGUGUUAAAGGAUUGAAGGGUGAACCAGGUCAAAAGGGUGACAGAGGACCCCUUGGUCUUCCAGGAGCAUCUGGCUUAGACGGAAAGCCAGGAGCCCGGGGUACAGAUGGUCCUAUGGGACCUCAUGGCCCUGCAGGCCCCAAAGGAGAAAGAGGGGAAAAAGGAGCUAUGGGAGAGCCUGGACCCAGAGGACCAUAUGGCCUGCCUGGUUUCCCUGGUCCACGAGGCGAGAAGGGUGACCUAGGAGAAAAGGGAGAAAAGGGGGAAAAGGGAAAGAAAGGCAAAAAGGGGCCUAAAGGGGAGAAAGGAGAACAGGGUGCUCCUGGAUUAGAUGCACCCUGCCCGUUGGGCCCAGAUGGAUUACCCAUGCCUGGCUGUUGGCAAAAGUGAUGAAUCUAACCUUCCAAGCAUGAAGUUGUGUAUAUAAUGGUCCACUUUCUAUAUUUAUAGUUGAAAACAGAAUUGCAGAUUUUACAAGUCUGAGAUAUGUUUACAUAGAGCUGCUUCUUCCUGUCCGCAGUAGUACACAUGUCCAUCUCUAUUCCACUUACAUCUGAAAUUGGGCAAUUUAUGAAACCAGUGAGAAGUCUGCAAAGAAAUCUAGAUCAGUAUCUCUUUAUCUUAUGUGAAGAUAUGUAUUUAUAUGGACAUCUGUGAUAGAGAAUGGUCGUUCUUGCUAUUUUCUUACUUUGGGCUUGUGAAUUGCAUGGACAAAAAGUGCCAUGACAUAGUUUACAAUGAAAUUGUGACCAAAUAUGGACUCAAGUCUAUGAACAUGUACCAUACUGACUGACUUUGGAGUUUGCUAUCACAUCCCCAGUCACCUUCCCUGUUAGCAAUGAUUCGUGCCCACACCACCUACUGAAACUGACUAAAAAAGCAUGAUUGUGUGCCAAACCUGCCUGUCCUUGUGCAAAUUCAGAUGCUAGCAUGCUGCUUUAUGAGUCCUUUGAUUACAUCUGAGCUUUUAUUCCUUUUGUCAUCUCAAGGGGGUUACACCAUGGCUUAUUGCCAAAAAGAGAUAAGUUGGUGGAAAGCACACAAUUGGUCUAUCAUUUUGAGGGAGUUGCAGUCCCAGCUGCAGAUCUCCAGCUUCCAGUAUUGUGAGCUCAUGGGGCCACCUUGGCUGAAAUACCAAGGGGGUGAGCUGAUUGCUGCCGCGGGUUUUCCUGGUGCUGCUCUUGGCAGUGAAGACAUGGGAAGAGGACCGGUUCAGCAUCCUGCGCCAUCUCUCAUGUGACCAAGUAGGAAAGAGGUUUACAAAUGCGAACACCCAGAACAGCAGACUUUUUUUUUUUUCUAAUAAAUUGAAUUCCAGUGAGUGUUAAUCUGGGUGAUUUUGGAGAAAGAGCCAUGCAGCACUUCUUUUGCCACAGGAGAUCCUUGGAAUGGCAGUCCCUGUUCCUGAGGACAAUGGGUGUGUACAUUGCAUCUAAGCCCAGAUUGCUGAAGAAGUACCAUGUCCCAAGAAGGGGCAGCCAAAAUGCCCUCUCCUGGAGGUGCAGAGGAGCUCACCGGUACAAUCUCUACCAAAGUUGAUGUGAGAGCUUUCUUUCCUUCCAAGAUCCAGCCAUACCAAACAUUUUCUACAAGUUCUAGAAACAAAUAGAUAUUUUCCAUUCUUUUUAAAAUAUUUUUUGGGUUUCAUUUUUAGUCCCAGGAAUAUUUAGAAAAUAUUUGUUUCAGUUUUUGUCACGUCUGUCACAAGCAAUAUUUUUAAGAAAAGUCAUCAAAUCAUAAUUUGGUGCCAACACUCAAAAUGACAUCUUUCUCGUUUUAGAUAACUGAAGAGAAAAGCAACUUCGAUUUCAGUUUAAUCAUUGUAAAGCAUGAAAGUUAAGCAUUUUUUUUCAGUAUUUUUUGACUUUUUUUUACAUGAUGAAUGUAACAAAUUAUCAGUUGAUAGACAAGAUUUUAGAGCAUUAGCUCACUUCUAUUUCUUAUGAUUGUUUUUUCUAUAGAUUUCUUUCUUUUUAAUAUUUUUAAUGUUUCUUAUUCACAGACCAAACCCAAGUUCUCAAAAAGCUGUGAAAUACAGUUGCCAUAAGUAUGUUUUCAUCUACUUGCUCAAAGAUUACCUAACCAUAUUAGACUGAGCACUUCUUUGCACAGUAAGAAGUUGGUGGCAUGUUUUGAAGUGGCUUAAGUGGAAAGGUUACAUGAGGAGAAACAUUGUUGAUAGUAGUCACCUGUUAGCUCAGUAGAGAUUUUAAUUUCCUUCAAGGAUUCAAUGCCAUUUCGUUGGGAAAUUUCUAGUUUUGUGAAUAAGUUUUUUUUUUUUUUUUUUGUGGUUUUUAUUUUUAAACCACCGGAGGGGAAAUUUGCUCAUUGCUGAUUUGAAUGAUUCAAAAUGGUGUCUUUUUAAAUUAAUUUAUCUUGUUUCCAAGGUUAAAGACAUGUUUAAACUAUUAGAUUAGUCUACUUGGUAGUAUUUCUUGUAACAUUCCACACCCCAAGCCAACUUAGCAUUUUGAAAAUAAUAGAGUGCCUCAUAUGGCAUAGGUAGGAUAAGUUAUUGUUCAACGUCUGAAAUGAUUCGUCUUAAAUGGUUUGGGAAAAGUGAACUGGAGUGGAACUACAUUCUGUUUAGAAAAACCAACUAACAUCUUGAAAAAAAGUCUGGUAGUUAUAUUUCUAUCCUUCUUUCUGUUCUUCUAGUAGAAAGAGGUAUUGAGAUCACUACCUAAAACUUACACAGCUUCAGAUAAGAAUACCUCGACAUCAAAAGAGAAGCAUUUCACAUAUAAACAAAGUUUUAGAACUUGGCCCUUUAAGGAAUACGGGGCUGUCCUGUGUGUAUAUUGAGUUUUUUGAUUUUGAGUUAAGUGAUUUGACAGCAUCAACUUAUUCCAUGAUUAAAGGAAGUUGUAAACUUACAUUUCAUUUAUUACCUUGGGAAAAACAAUGGGAUGAUGUCACUCCUCCUGAUUCAGUGGAAUUGCGAGGUCUUAAACACCGUAGAUGAUCUGAAAGUUUUGCAUUAUUAAAGUAUGUUCAUGCAUCCAUUUUGUCAUCAAUACAGGGAGUCUUCAGAUAACUUCCAAAUGAAUAAUCAUGAUUGUUGAUAUAUGUUGAUAAACAUCUUUCUUAAAUAUUUCUUUUAAUUUAUAUUAUUGGAUAGAGGAUUGAGAAAAAUAUAUGAAAGACACAUUGGAAAUAAAUCAAAGUUUACUUCUGAGAAAACAUCUUUAAAAGAUGCAAAUUGUCGUGUUUUAGCUUUAAAACUUUUCCAUUCACAUUGGCUGGUGCUAAUGUAUUUUAUUCUUUCUUUAUGGACAGUGCAACUCUACUAUGGAUAAUUUCAUUUCUCUGAUUAUUAGCAUUCCUAAACUCAGUGUGUGAUUUUACUUUUAAAAUUCAUGAAUUUGCUCUAAUUAUGGUUCAAUGACCAUCCUCUCUUAAAUGUAAAGUGUGCCUAUAGAUAAUGUGUUUUUACUUGGAUCAUGGGUCCCUUUGUUUCAUGUUAAUUUUAUACAUACUGUGCCUUUAUCAAUUUUUGUUCUUUUUCACUGACUCAUCUUUUCAACUUAUAUAAUUUGAUGAAACUUGAUACAAUCAGUGAUAGAGGAGUCUGUACACUCCACGCGGUUGCAUGAAUACGCCUACACUCCUCUUCCAGUUUUCACUUUGCAUUUUCAACAGCAGGCCUGGAGGAGUUUUCUUUAUCAUCUGAGUUUAUAGAGAACAUUAGAAUGCCUUUCAUUUGUACCAAUAGAAAGGUAUUAUUUUUGAAUUUGCAGUUUGUGCAUAUGAUGUUCUAAUGGGACAAGAAUUUAUGCAUCCUGUAGUUUAUACUACAUGUCCUUUGUCCACAAUGUGUGUGUUUGGAAAAUGAUCAAAUCAGCAUAGCUUUACCUAUUUGAAACCUUGUUUUUCCUCUAUUUCUUGAUAAUCAAAUUAUAUUAAUAUUUAAUACUACUAAAAAUAGAAUUUUCUAACUUCAACAAAUAAAAACCCUGCUAUCUCUAGGAAGUCAAGGUCCACUAGGAACAUUAUCUUUCCAAAAAGAAGAAAUCACAUGUGAUACAACCUGUCAAAAAAAUCACACGUCCUAAACAUGCUUAACCAAUCAUGAUUCUGCUGAAUUAUUUUAGAAUAUAAAGACCUUCAGUCCAUACUCCUUCCCAUUUUCCCCUAACGUGUCUUCAUAUUGGCUAGAUUUGUUAUAUGCCAGAACAGAAAUGCUCCUCUAACUUGAAGUUUUAGUAGAUUUAGUUUUUUGCCAAUCCAAUACCAAUAAACAUAUUAAUGGCAUUUUCAUUAAAAAUACAUUUAAGAGAAUAAAUUAUCUAUGCUGCUUAUUGAUGGAACUGUUCUUGGGGAAAAGGAAGACUUUUUCAACCUGACCUGUUAUGUUUGAUGUUUGAUUUAUUGACAGACUACCAACGUUUCUCAAAAUGCAGUUGAUAUUCUCUCAUAUCUCAGAAAAAUUAAUGAGUUGGAUUCACAAAAGAAUGUCUUACAUAUUGUUGACAUUUAUGUGAAUAUUCUUUAUACUGUUGUAAAUGUUUCAUUCAACUUGACAUUUUUAAAAGAUGUAUGUAUCUUAUUUUUCUUUAGGAAAUAUUAUAUUUUUAUUUGUGUUUUUUACAUUUUAAAGUUCAUCUAUAUGUGCAGCUAUUUUUAUAUUGCCAAAAACUCACAUAAACACAAAAUAAGAGGAAAAUGAAAAAAAAAAAUUGGCAAACAUUACAUUGCAUUUUUUGAAUGUUUCAUGGGCCAGUCUCAUGUGAUUGAUUAUUUUAAGAAUGUGUUGUGUCUUAUCACUGUAAAUAUGGCACAGACCUGAUUAUCUCACUAAUGUAAAUAUUUGAAAGGUUGAAUUCUCCCCGUUUGCUUUUUUAUUUCAGUUUCAUUGUAAUUUCUCCAGCUGACAUUAUUGAAGCAAAAGACACAAAGUUUUCGACUUGCAGUUUGGAGAUAAUUGCAUUGUUUCAGAGAAUUGUUCAGUUUCUACUUUGUUUUUUAUUUGCUUUUUAAACUUGUUUCAGGGUUCUUAGUUUGUGAGAAGUUGAUCUUCAGAAUUAUUUUUACACUAUUUAUGACUUAUUUUCAUAAUGUAAAAAGUGUGUAAUUAUUACAUAUUAAUCCAAACAAUGAUAAUGAAUUGUAUUGUUAUAAAGCUUUAUUGAUAUUCAUGACAACCCUGGCCUGUUUUCUUUGAUUCCAACACAAUCCACACAGAAUUUUAUUCUGCUUUUCUACAAUAUCAUACCACCACC